GCGGAGGUCGGAGCCGGACCACAACGGAAGGGGCGCUGCAGCGCCGAAAGCCCGGCCAGCGGAUCCCGGCGUGCCCAAACUUGCCCGGCUCGGUUUCUGCCGGGCCCUCCGGUGGGAUCGCUCGGGGCUGCUUGCGGGGAAAUCGCCCUCCCUGGCCCGGUGGGAUUUUUAGCUGCUUGAAGAAGUUAAAUUUCCUUAGAGUUCCUGACUCUGGAAAACAGAUUAAGGCUCCUGAAAGAAACAUGCCUCCCAAACGCAAGUCUUCUACCCGGGCCCAGGCACCCGUCAAGGAGAAGAAGGUUAAAGAAGAACCAGAGCCGGAGGAAGAUAGUUUCCACUCCACUGUGGCAGCACUUAAAGCUGCUCCCAAGGAGAAGCUGAAGAGCAAAAUUGACUCUGCCUGUCAGCUGAGCAAUGUGGAUGAUGCCAAGAUUUAUGAAGACUACGACUGCAUGCUGAACCAAACUAACAUCGGCCACAACAACAACAAGUUUUAUAUCAUUCAACUCAUUGAACACAAUGGGAGUUAUAGCUGUUGGAAUCGGUGGGGCCGUGUGGGUGAAGUGGGACAGUCAAAACUCAGCAGCUUUCCUUCCCUGGAAGCUGCCAAGAAAGAUUUUGAGAAGAAGUUUCGAGAUAAGACAAAAAACAGCUGGGCUGACCGGGAGAACUUUGUAGCUUAUGAUGGCAAGUACACCCUGAUUGAGGUGCAUCAUGGAGAUGAGGAAGAGCAAGAGGUGUCAGUGAAGGUGGACACUGUAGAUGGAGUGAAGUUGUCCAAGCAGAGGAUACGACCCUGCACUUUGGACAAGCCUACCCAGGAGCUGGUCUCCCUCAUUUUCAGCAAUGACAUGUUUAAAGAUGCCAUGCAGACCAUGAAUAUAGAUGUGAAGAAGAUGCCCCUGGGGAAGCUCAGCAAGCAACAGAUCGCCAAAGGCUUUGAAGCUCUGGAGGCCAUUGAGACAGCCCUGCAGAAGCCGCCACCCUCACAGAAACAGCUGGAGGAGCUUUCCUCUCGCUUUUAUACCAUCAUCCCUCACAACUUUGGCCGUAACCGGCCUCCACCAAUUGAUACACAGGAGGUCAUCCAAGCUAAGAAGGACAUGUUGUUGGUACUGGCAGAUAUUGAACUGGCCCAGAGCUUACAGGCCCAGAAGGAGGAGGAAGAGGAAAUUAAGAUAGAAGUUCCACAUCCUCUGGACAAGGACUAUGGCCUCCUGAAGUGUGUUCUUACCCUGGUGGAUCCAUCAUCAGAGGAUUAUAAGCUGAUUGAAACAUAUGUGGAAAACACUGGCAGAGAUUGCCAAAAGCUCACGGUGCUGAAUAUCUGGAAGGUGAACAGGGAAGGUGAGGCUGCCCGUUUCAAGUCUCAUGACCACCUGGAAAACAGGCGGUUGCUGUGGCAUGGCACCAGUGUGGCUGUCAUUGCUGCCAUCUUGAAGAGCGGCCUGCGCAUCAUGCCACACUCAGGCGGCCGUGUGGGCAGGGGCCUUUACUUCGCAUCGGAGAACAGCAAAUCAGCCGGAUAUGUGGGCCCCACUUCCAAGCGAGUAGGAAUCAUGUUCCUGAAUGAGGUGGUCCUCGGCAAAGAGUAUCGCAUUGUCCGUGAUGACCCUUCACUGCGAAAGCCUCCAGAUGGUUAUGAUAGUGUCCUCGCAUGUGGCAUGACUGAACCAGAUCCUGCACAUGAUAAAGAGAUAAUCCUGGAUGGAAAAAAGGUGCUGGUAUCCCAAGGAAAGCCCAUUCCUGUGGCCAAGUAUAAGGACUCCAACUUCAGCCAAAGCGAGUACUUGAUUUAUCAGGAGAGUCAAUGUCGCAUUCGCUACCUUGUUCAGCUUCUCUUCUGAAGCCUUCCUUUAGAGGCUGUCUUGCUGGGACUCACGCUCUCCACCAUGAAGAUCCUUGUCUUUCUAGUGUUGAGUAGACAGGUGUGAGUGGCCACAAUGACAAUCUGACUGCCUUGACUUUUCCACAUUCCCUGCUCUCCAUCAAUGGAAAAUACUUUCCGUAAUUUGUUUUCAGUUCUGUUGUGGGUCUCAUAAGAGACGAGAAUGCUAUUUUGUGACCUCCAUCCAAACAAAGAUUAUUUUGUGGCCUCGGGUGUAUUCCAAAGAGGCCAUUGCCAAAGACACACUUCUUUUGAAGGCAGAUUGGAUGCGUGUAUCCUGUAAAAUAAAGUGUGUAUGAUGAUUCUGCA